CCCCCCAAAUCGAAUCCUCAUCGCUCCGUCUAUGGCGACUCUAACCAUGCAGCCGAUCGGUCCCACCCCUGCUCCGGCUGCGCAGCAAGACCCAAGCAAGGGAGAGAAUCCUCCUACCGUGGAUGGUACCGAUCUGGGUGACAUCGACUCGGGCUGGGUUAUCCUCAAGAACUCGGAUGUCGUUUCCGCGGAUUUGGCAGCCGCCGCCGUCUGUGGCGGUCAGCGUCUAGGCUCUUCUACGAUUCCUAGCUGGGCACGGUGGGUUCUCGGAGGUGUGGUUUACACGCUCGUGCCGUUCUACAACAGAGUUAGGCAUCUCGAAGACGAGACGGUGGGAUUCGUGGAGAAUGCUGUGGAGGUUGUGGAGCAUUUAGCUGAAGUAACAGAGAAGCUAGCUGCGAAUGUGGCUAAGCAACUUCCUGAAGAUGGGUCUCUGCAGAAAGCAGUGGAAGAGGUUGAACACAUUGCUGAGGUAGUGGAUGAUGAUGCGGAGAAGGUUGAAGCAGUCACUGAAAAGAUCGACAAGGUCAGUGAUGAGAUUGAUGCUGCUGUGGAGCCGGUCAUCGCGGAGCUUGAAAAGGAACUCGAUCAGAGCACAACCUCAGACGAUGGAGUUGACACAAAGAAUUGAUCAACUGCAUGUUAGGUGUGCUCUUCAUUGUACAUAGCGUGUGUACUGUUGUUUUUCUUCUCUCUCUCCUCUUUGGAGAAACUGCUUGUACAUAUGUAUGUAUGGACCAUGAAGAUUAUUGGUACUGUAUCAAGUCACUAUCCAUAAAUAAAUACACGUUGGCCUGUGAAAAAAAA